CCCGGGGGCGGGAAGGGGCUGGGACCGGGCGGUGGCGGCGGGAGAGCACCACACCCCUCAGCGCGGGCCUUUCUCCGUCCCUCGCCUGUCCUUCGUCGCUGCUGCCUUCCGGAUGCGCGUUGCCCUGGACCAGCCUUACCUACAGCUCUUGACAGCUCGGCUAACUUCUAUUCAUCCUUCAAAACCCAUCUCUGGAUUUCUUACUCCCUCCAGCCUGCAUUCACCUGCUCGUGGUGUGCGUCUCCUGCCGGCAUGUGAGCUUGGCAAGCACAGGGCAUCGCUCGCCCUGUCGCUUGCUGGGCACUCCUGCUGCCUGGUUGCCCUCCGACGACAGCAGGAAGCUGCGUCCUCAAUGGCUUCCCUGGUGGCUUAUGACGACUCGGACUCCGAGGCGGAGGCUGAGGCUGCGGAGAGUGCUGAGGCCGCCGGCCAGGUGAAGGGCGCCUCGGGUGUGCUCAAACCUCGCGCCCAGGGUUUUGCCUCAGAAGCCCCCGAUGCGACGGAAGGGGCAGCGCUGCCCACACAGCACGGCUCUCGCCAAGACCCAGCCGGCCAUCGACUCCCGCUGGCUCGGCUCUGGAGAAGCGACCCCGGAUCUUGCCCCAGCCAGCGGCUGCAGUGGCCCGGAGCUGAGCCUGCGGUCACCUUCCCCCCAGGCAGGCCUCCUCGACCUUCCCUGUGGACCAGCCACGUUCCGGCUGGCAGUGUGCCCCUGGCGGCCGCCCGCUCGCAGCAGGCGAAGCUCUCCUGGGGGGCUUACGCCUUCCCCGAGCCAUCGUUCUGUGCCCAAACCAAAGCCGCAGCCCCAGGUGGAACCGGCGGCUCUCUUCAGAGGAAGAGGUGUGAGGACCGCGUCGUGCCCUACAUCCCCAAAAGACUAAGGCAGGCAGAGCCGCCAAGCACGGCAGCAGGCAAGAGUAAGGAUCCGGAGGCGCAGGGUCUGUCUGCGGGGCGCGCCCCAGCCCCGCUCCCGGCGGCCCCCAGAGUGUCCGAGUUCAUUGAGCCGUAUCUGGACAGUCAGUACAGAGAAACGAUGAUUCCCAAGAAAGUGCUCUUCCACCUGAGAAGCCACAGGGGCCCCGUCAACCGCAUUCAGUGGUGUCCCGUCUCGGCUAAGAGUCACAUGCUUCUCUCGGCUUCCAUGGACAAAACCUUCAAGGUGUGGGACGCUGUGGACUCGGGCCGCUGCCUGCAGACCUACCGCCUGCACAGCGAGGCCGUGCGGGCCGCCCGCUGGUCUCCCUGCGGCCGGCGCAUCCUCAGCGGGGGCUUCGACUUCGCCCUGCACCUAACGGACCUCGAAACAGGAACCCAGCUCUUCAGCGCUCAGAGUGACUUUAGAAUCACCACCUUGAAAUUUCACCCGAAAGACCACAGCCUUUUCGUGUGUGGAGGCUUCAACCCUGAAGUCAAAGCUUGGGAUAUAAGGACUGGCAAGGGCUGACGCCAUCUGACAGGCUCUGAAAAUGCUGGGGGAGAAGCAAUUAGAAGCAGAUGCUGCUGUGACUGGUAUUGGCAGGUUUGCAAGUGUCUCCCAAGCUAAUAAUGUGGGGAAAGGGAUCUGCACGGCGUUUGUUUUCACUUCCCCUUUACUGGCAACCCGACUGCCUCUCCUCCCCCUCUGGGUCACAGGGCGAGUUCCAUUCGCAUCAGUCAGGCCCAGGGACAGCUCUCCUGCUCCGCUUGCCUCUCCUCUGACAGGUGUUGCCUGAGAGUCUCAAGUGUGGAGGACCAGAGAGGAAAGGCACAGGCCCCUGCCCUUCUGGCUCCCACCGGGGACGGUCACUUUCCAUCCCCGGGAGCUGCCCACAGCAUGUGGCGCUGUCCCUGGUGCUGAACUCUCCAGCUCGCGCCUGUGUAGAUAAACCUCUGGGGCCGAGCA